GUGUGGCUGCAGCUGCUACCGCCGCGACAUUGAUGGGCGACGACCAUAACGCCAUGAGCGAGGCGAGGAGCCUGACCGGCAGUACAGGGCUUGGAGACUUGGGUGGAGCAGGGGAAGAUGGUAGCUUUGAUGGCUUCCUGCGAGCUUUGCAGAAUGGUCGGAUAGCAUCUGCGCUUCGACAAGGCGGCAGCGAUGGUGAGGGAGACGGUCAGGGUACACAGAGUGCUCCGCUCAACUUCUUCCGCAUGUUCCGGUUUGGGCCUUCCAGCGCUGCAAAUCAGGAGCAGCGCGAUCCUGUUGCAAACGAUGCAGCGAGUGAGUCUGGAGCCGCGGAUGGUAGGAUGGUUCCUAUUAUUAUCGUGGGCAUUCGCUCCAUCUCACCAAACUCAAACUCCGCAUCGAGCACGCCUGGCGAAGACCUGCCGCCCUUCAUCGAUCAACUGGGCAACUUCCCAACGCCACUUCCAGCAGACGCACUUGGAGCACAUGGUCACGAUAGCAUUGACUCGAUAUUGAGACCUCCACAAAACGGCACUUCAUUCCGGCAUAGGAGGAGAGCAAGCAUGAGCAAUGCAGG